AUGCCACAAGACUAUGGACGACGCUCAUGCCCACCCCCCAUCACCGGCGCCACCCUCCACACCCGCUCACAAUCAAUACCGCCGUCGUUGCGCGAGUUUCCUGUAAGCCAAACAACUCCCAAGUCUGCCCCUCACACUCGACAGCAGAGACUUCUCCAGACCCGUCAUGCGAAGUUCUCAGCGCAGAGACUUUCUGGCAAUGGCAUCAACGUCUCAUUUCCUCCGCUGAACCGCUCCGCCGAGAACGACUCUCCAUACUUUCCUUCAGCACGAUUUCACAGACGAGAAGAGAAUGGCAGCGACACAAACAAGGCCGAGAAGUUGAGCAGUGCAUCCACUGAGUCUGCCAUCUUGGCCGAAAUCUCGAAUGCCAAUAUUUGCCGCAUCCGAGGAUUGAAGAAACGAGCUGCUAUACCAGUCUUUCAGGAUUCACCGGAAAGGCCGACCGCCCGAGACACAAGAGCCACUACACCUUCAGUCUACCACGACGCAUCCAGUGAUAUACACCCUCCCUCGGUUCCUAGUUCUUUGCAAGAAAGUCCGACCAAUAUGGGCCUUAGAGAAGUCUCGGUCAACCUUCAGAGGCCAUCGCCUCGCAAAGAUUCACCGUAUUAUCGCUCGGCGCGCCCAGGGUCAACCAGGAAAGCAUCUCAGACAAAACACCGGUUCAACUCGGAGGAGUACAUCGAGCACAUUGAAAAUGAGUUGCAGAUGGUCAAGGACGCCAUGUAUUCACCGACCACUCAUAUGCCCUGGAAAGAAAAGCUCCGAAAAGCAAAGGAAGAGAAUGACCGCCUAAAGAAGGAAAUGGAUGCCAUUAGAGCCUCGUUUGAAUUCGAACUUCAUGAAACAGUCGAACGGUCUACGGAGACAGAGCUGAAGCUGAAGCGCCGGAUUAAGGAUCUUGAAGAUGAAGUCGAACUUAAGAAGUCGGUCAUCCACGAUCUAGAAUGCGAUCGCGAGGAAAAGAGAUGUGAUCAAAAUGCCUUGGAGAUCCUGAAGGCAAGGAUUGAGAAGCUGGAAGAAGAAAGAUUUAGCCUGGAGACCACGAAUCGCGAUAUGACGAAGCGGAAUGAGGUAUUAACCCAACUUCUAGCCCUGUCACCGACAAAAGCCCAGCCCACCAUAGGAAUUCCUACGCCGAGACGCAAAAGUGGCCGUCCUAUGUCGCUCGUCAUCCCAAGAUUGCCGACAUCGCCAGGCCUUCAAACAUCUCAGAGCAGACCCCAAUCUAUCGUGGCAUCUCCAGCCCUUGCGGCUUCUGACUACUUCGCUGCACACCUUCCAUCCUCGCCCUUGUCCUCGAGUCCGUUCGACACAGCUAGCCGUUCCCCAGAGGCCAUUGAUGACAGGCACUCGAUCGACUCCGUGUUAGGAGAGUCCGAGAUGCAAGGCGGGGAUAGGACUGAAUCGAGGCAAUCAACGCUUGUCUCUAGUUCUUCAAACAGCCCUGAUAUGCCUGUUGGCGGCCAUGUUCGUUCAGAAAGUCGGUCACAGACAGUCCUGAGACAUCCUUCAAGGAGAAGGCCUCGGAAAUUCAUGCCUGGAUCUACACAGCUCAAGCCAUUGCUCUUGCCAACGUUCACGGCUGAAAGUGGCAAUCUUCCGUCAACUUCACCCAUCACGUCGCCAGUUCGACCACUCCCCAUCCACAUUAGCUCUGAGAUAAGCAGAUCUGAACAACCUCUGGUUACGCAUGCGACCAUUCCAGACUGCCUGGAGACUCCCUUUCCAAGCCCUGAAAAUGUCAUUGGUCGACCGUUAUCAGAUUAUCAGAGCUUAGAUGAGGUCUUCGCCAACGAUGAGCAACUUUUCCAGCCGGAGAUUCUCGAAGAUCCCCUUGUUGGACUUUCCUCUCCAAGCCACAUAGUGCAGCAUCAGACUCCAGUCCAGAUCAACCAGAUUGAGGCUACCGUGGAGCCUUGCUCCAACCCACGUAUCAGGUCCUGGGUUUCAAAGACAGUAUCUUCAUUGCCGGGGGAUGUGGCGUGCGAGUCCCGUCACUCUGUAGUUACUAUUGCUGGGAUAAGACGAGGGAAGGGUCCUGAGAUACCGGGAAAUAUCGAGGUUUACAAUCAGCAGGGCACUGCCGCGGACUUCGAAACCGCUCAUACAUUUCAUUUUCGAGAUUAUGUCGAAAUACCUCGUCCGUUAUUCUCGAAACAUCGGACCCGAGGCGGAGGUUGCUCGUCUUCCUACAAUGAUUACCCUGACUCGCCACUCAAUCCUCGAAAGCGGAGGAAAACAAGCUCGAUAUACGAGUCGCGCGGCUCAGAAAAUAAGGACGUCAAGCAUGGAUCCUGCGAUAUACAGAUCUGCCCACCUGCUUGCGAAGAUGUCUUCACACCUGGGUCUGUCACUGAGCGGGAGACGAAGAGGUCCGUGGACGAGCACUUGACCCUUCCUAAGAAACAAGCGUCCGCUCCAGCCCGCACUCCACUUGAGAUGCUCCAGCAUCGCAAUAUAGGUUCGAGGCCUUUGGCGACCUUGACAAUCCAAACGGUUUAUGCGACCUUGUCGAGGUACACUACGUACAUUCAAGGCUUCAAACGAGAUCCUCUGUCUCUAGCACGACGGGUUAUAGCAAAUGCUUGGAGGUCAAACUGGGUAAUGUUUGGAAAACUGAGUUGGUGGGUGCUUGGAUUGUUCAUUGGCUACCGGCGACAAAAGGCUGAUCACCAAGACUGGGAUUGGACAAAGUACGACGGUGAAAGUAUUGCUCACGAAUGUUGUCUGACGGAUGUUGCUCCUCCUCUCAUCGAAGCUUCAAGCCAACUUACACGCGAGAUCAGUCCGCACCACUCCGGUGACAAGAUCGUGGCGUCAGAAAGUCAAGCACGGACACCUGCUACUCUACCGGCGUCUCCAUCGAACGCGCCCAAAACUGGCUGGGGCCGGUCGUUAUACCUCUGGGGCAAAUUUAGUGUAGCGAUUAUGCUCGCUGUGGGCGGUGCCAUCGUCAAAGGGCCGGCUGAGAUGUUACGAGACACUGACGAUCGCAGGAAGUCUCGGAGUAACAGCCUUGUCGAAGAUGCGUCAGCAAGCUGCAACUCCCGGCACGCCGAAUUUAACAAAGCAAAUCGAGCCACUGAGGAUAUCAAUCACUUUUGCCACAGGCAUCGUGCGAGUCCAUCGAGGGUCAAUGAGACUCUGGGUGUUGCUCGGAAGGCUCGAAGUGUCAGCUCUCCGCCGAUCUCGCCACUGAUGCACCGUGGUGCGAAUGAGGAUCCACAGCAACGCGGACCAUCUACCGAAGAUGUAUUGCAUUCGUCCAUCGAACCCAACCUGGGGAAAGAAGACAUGACUUAUUGGAGUGAAGACACUCUAAAACCUGCCAGGAGUGACCGCAAAGGAUUAGACUCCGUCUUCCGACCGCCAGACCCUAUCACAUCUAGGCCUGAUCAAUCUGUUGCUGAGAUAAAUGGUACGCAGAGCACAGCGUAA